GGACUAGAAAGAUGAACCUUGACUAGACUGGAUGUAAAAUAUACAACACGUCCAGCAUUUCAAGGCCCUGACAGGCUCUCCAAACAGUGGACAGAGGAGGAGGAGGAGGAGGAGGAGGAUGGGGGGAUGGCAAGGAAAACACCAAAUCUUAAAAGAAAGGAGAAAAGGAGCUACGCAACACCACGAGGAAAGAAUGACAGAGCACCACGGAGACGAGACGGAAAGCAAAGAUCCAGUCCCAACCAAAACAAGUCCUGGGCUGAAAAAGAAUUUAUGUUCUACUCCUGCCUGUUUUCAUUUUCUUUGAAUUCCUCUCUCUGAUGAUUAGUGGUGUUUGGUUUUGUUAACACACAAUCCCUAUCCUCCCCUUUUUGCCCCUUCCUCCUCCUCCUCCUCCUGUUGUGGAAUUCAAUGUCCUAGGAGUCGCUCCUCUCUCCUGCUGUUCUGCUCUGUGGUGAGUCUGCAGAGUAAAAGCUCUCCACUGAGGAAUUCGACAGGAGCUGCGGUCUUAAAAAGGAGCUGACUUCUUUCUCCAACACAUGAGGUGUGAGCCCUGUAGUCUGAGGCCUCACCUGCCCUUCCUCAUCCUCCUCCUCCUCCCCCCGUCUCCUGUCUGAGCCCCGCACCUGUUCUGACUCGUCGGCCAGGUGAAGGGGAUCCUCUGGUCCGGUGCUGUUUUUUCAGCUGACCGUAGCUGCGGGGCAAUUAGGAACCCAGUCUAUUCAUUUGACUGGAUUGCUGCUUUGCUCUGCAUCUCCCUAUCUGUGUGUCUCUCUCUCUAUAACCCACCUCCUCUCCCUCCCUGCAUAUCCCUACCCCCCUCCCACUCCAUCUCCGUCUAGCCCAGUCUGAGCCUGGUUGACACUAAGGCUGGAGCUGCAGAAAUUUCCCUGCUGGAGUCAAAGUGUGGAUCACAUUGCAAGGACACAGGGGGAGGACAAAGAAUUCUUUUGGUGGACGAAGUUGGAUUGAGCAUUGGACGGCUGAGAUAGAAAAGUAAAAACCAAAGGAUCCUGCAGUUUGGAAGAGCUGCAGGUAUGAAAAGCCAGACUGUGGUUGUGUCUGUGGGUCUGCUGGCCCUGUGCUGCCUGCUGAUCCCCAGAGGAGGGGAGAGCGCUGGGGGGAUAAUUUCUCUCCAACAGACCGAAGGGGACAAGAAGGCAGGGGAUCAGCUGCGAGAUGACUCCCAGGAUGACCCAGAAAGUGAGCAAGGACUCGCAGUGGACCCACACCCACUGGAGAACAGCACCAAGGACAAGAGAGACACAGUGGAGGCUGAACGGGCAGGUGUUCUGGGCAGGGUGAGGAGAGCACCAGACGAAAGCAAAAAGAAGAAGAAGGACAAGAAGAAGAACAAAGAGCCAAAGGACCCCAACGCCACCAAAAAACCCAAAACUGACAAGAAGAAGAAGAAGGAUAAGAAGACAACCACCACAACUCAACCACCAACCACAACGGUGAUCCCGACGGAACCUCCCACUGAGCCAUACACAGACUACGUCUAUCCUGAUGUUGAUGAGAAUGAUUACUGGAAACCGGACGAUGACUACUGGGAGGCCGAGCCCACACCGGCCAGGCCUCAGCCCGAAGAUCCGAUCACAGAUCUUCCAUACGACUACCGGGAGCCGGAUGAGGUAGACCCAGCUGCUCCAGUGACAGACGCCUACGAAGACUACUGGAAACCAGAGGAGAAAGAUCCGUCCACUCUGGCGCCUGACAACUACGAAGACUACUGGAAACCGGAGGAGAAAGAUCCGUCCACUCCGGCGCCUGACAACUACGAAGACUACUGGACACCAGACGGCAAAGACCCAUACGCUCCCGUGACUGAUAACUAUGACAGCUACUGGAAAGAGGUGGACCCAACGCCACCUGCCCCUGAGGUUGAUGGGAAGGUCGGGACAGGUGACACCGAUUACUGGGACGCCACAUUUGAAGAGCCGGAGAAUCUUCCAUUCCCUGAUGGUAAAGAAGUGAGCCCUGAAAUCAGAGUGGAAACUCUACCAGACGAGCCCACAGCCACUCCUCCCUAUGAGGGGACGUGGUAUGAUGAUUACGACGAAUAUGGAAUGAGGAGGAAAGAGGACGAGACCGAUGAAAAAUGGGUGGAGAAGGAGAGAGAGAGAGCAGCAAAAGAAAGAGCGAGGGAAGAGAAAGAGAGAGCGCAGAAGCUGAAGGAGGCAGAGGAGCGGGCCAGGAAAAGACCUCGUGUCUUCAAAGAGCCAAAGAAGUGUCCUCCGCUGGGCAUGGAGUCCCAUAAGAUCGAGCCAGACCAGCUGACAGCCUCCUCAAUGUCUCAGUACUAUUUUGCACCUCAGAGGGCACGCCUCAACAUGCAGGGCUCGGAUGAUGAAGAAAAGAUGAGAGGUGGAGCGUGGUGUGCAAACGCAGAGGACAGGAUCCACUGGUUUGAGCUCGACGCUCGCAGGGAGACGGAGUUCACGGGAGUCAUCACACAAGGACGAGACUCCUUGAAUGAGAGCGACUACGUGAUGUCCUACUUCCUGGCUUUCAGCAAUGACAGCAGAGAAUGGACCACCAUCCACGACGGAUACGCUGACUGGUUGUUCUUUGGAAAUAGUGAUAAGGACGUUCCAGUGAUGAACCAGCUGGCAGAGCCAGUGCUGGCCCGUUACAUGCGAAUCAUCCCUCAGAGCUGGAACGGCUCUCUUUGUAUGAGGCUGGAGGUCCUCGGCUGCCCCCUGCCCGAUCCAGCGGAUGCUCAGUACAGGCAAAAUGAAGUGACUCCAGUAGAUUACUUGAAGUUCAAACAUCACAGCUACUCAGAGAUGGUUGCACUUAUGAAGUCAGUGAAUUCAGAGUGUCCCAACAUCACCAACGUCUACAGCCUGGGCCGCAGCUCCAAGGGACUGGAUAUCAUGGCCAUGGUCAUCUCUGGCAGCCCCACAGAGCACGAAAUAGGCGAGCCAGAGAUGCGCUUCACGGCAGGUCUCCAUGGAAACGAGGCAGUGGGUCGGGAGAUGCUCCUGCUUCUCAUGCAGUACCUGUGCAAAGAGUACAAAGACAGAAACCCCAGAGUCCAGCGGCUGGUUGAGGGAAUACGCAUCCACCUGGUGCCAUCGCUCAACCCCGACGGACAUGUGGAAGCUUUUGAAGCGGGAUCGGAGCUGAGUGGAUGGACCACGGGACACUUCACUGACGACGGCUACGACAUCUUCCAGAACUUCCCCGACCUGAAUAGCAUCCUGUGGGAUGCUGAAGACAAGGGCAUGGUGCCCAAACUCACCCCCAAUCACCACAUGCCCAUACCAGAGAGCUAUGAGACCAACAGCUCGAUUGCUGUGGAAACCAAGGCCAUAAUCUCCUGGAUGAAAAGCUAUCCAUUUGUGUUAGGUGCAAACUUCCAGGGCGGGGAGAGAAUUGUAGCCUACCCUUAUGACAGCUUACGUUUCAACAAGCCCGCCGACAGCCAGAAACCCCACAGCCGCAAGAAGAGACAGUAUGAAGAAGAAGGUUUCGACGUGACAGAGUGGGGAAGGGGCUACCAAGAGGAGCCAGAGGAAGACUGGCGAGGAAGGGGUUAUUCAGAGCCAGAAGAGGAGCAUAGGGGCUAUGACCAGAACCCAGGCUACGAACGCGGCUACGAUCAGAACCCAGGCUACGAACGCGGCUACGACCAGAACCCAGGCUACGAACGCGGCUACGACCAGAACCCAGGCUACGAACGCGGCUACGACCAGAACCAAGGCUACGAACGUGGCUACGACCAGAACCAAGGUUACGACCACGGCUACGACCAGAACCAAGGUUAUGGCCACAGAGAGGAGGAAGAGGACGACAGGGGAAGAAGCGCCGGCUACCAGUACGCUGAGCCCGAGGAUGAGCCUCGGGCGAUCGCAGACGAGUCCCUCUUCAGGUGGCUGGCUGUCUCCUACGCCUCCACACACCUGACCAUGACGCGAAACUACCACGGCUCCUGCCACGGGGACACCGCCACAGGGGUGCACGGCAUCGUCAACAGAGCCAAAUGGAAGCCAGUCACAGGAAGCAUGAAUGAUUUCAGCUACCUGCACACCAACUGUUUUGAGCUGUCUGUAUUCCUGGGAUGUGAUAAGUUCCCUCAUCAGAGUGACUUGGCGUAUGAGUGGGAGAAGAACAGAGAAGCAUUGCUCAUCUUCAUGGAGCAGGUGCAUCGUGGCAUCCGAGGCAUUGUGAAGGAUCAGCAGGGGAACCCCAUUGCAAAUGCCACCGUGUCUGUAGAGGGGAUAAACCAUGAUGUCACUACAGCGCCAACAGGGGACUACUGGCGGCUGCUUAACCCAGGGGAGUACCGCGUGACGGCUCGAGCUGAGGGCUUCUCCCCUGUGACCAAACUGUGUGUGGUGGGUUACCAGUCAGGAGCCACGGCCUGCAGCUUCAACCUGGCCAAGUCUAACUGGGACCGCAUUAGACAGAUCAUGGCCCUCCAUGGCAACAAGCCAAUUAGACUCACCUACAGCAACAACAGAGUACAGAGCCCUGCAGUCGCUAACGGCAACAGGCGUGUGGUUGACGGCAACAACGGGUUGUCAACGAAUUCAGGAGUCAGCGCCGAGCGGCAGAGGAGGCUCAGGAUAGCUCGUCUCCGUCGCCUUCGGCAACAGAGAUUACUGAGGUUAAGCUCCACGACGACGUUACCCCCGACGACGACGAUAACCACAAUUCCUACAACACCAGAGACCACCACAUUCUGGUAUGACUCGUGGGGCAUAGGGGAGGGACAGACCUCGACGCCUGGCGGUGUCACAGACUCCAUCCUGGAUUAUAACUAUGAGUACAAGAUUGAUGACUAUUAAUCUCAACACACACACACACACACACACACACACAGCUCCGAUUCAGUAAACAUGCGACUGUCCUCUCCUACAAGUAGUUCUCAUUGACAUGUACUUCGAGCAGGCUGAUAAAGAAUCAAAUGAGGAAUCCUGUCUUUGUACGACACAUAAGCAACGGGAAUAUUACAGUAAUUGUAUAUAGAUAGCGUAUCUAUUACUUAACUAAAUGCCUCUUCACAGAAAAUGACCCUUUUAACUAUAAUAGUAUUUCCGUUUCACAGUUCACAUUGCGUUUUUCUGACUUCUUAUUCAGUCUUUUUGCUUCAUGAAAAGUUGUUUAUUGUGGAUGCACAUUAAAAAAGUCAUGACAUUUUUUUUUUUUUUUUUUUUUAACUUCACAAGAGUUGAAUUAUUUACACUAUUUUCAUCCAUGGCAGAUUUUUUUUUUUACAGUAUGAACAGUCAAUAAAGGUUAAAAAAGCAUUUGUUCAAAGUUGGUAACAGAGAGUGAGAGGAGGGAGGGAGUCUUCGGUCAUGUUGCCUCAGACACAGCUGGAGUAGAGUUAUUUUUCAAAUAAAGGCUUGUUAAUACGCAA